UUAUUUUGCAGUUUCGAUGUCCGGGGGAGACCGUUCGAAAAGGCUUUGUAUUGGUCUGAUACAAACUCAUUUGGUCCACGUGCCUAUUUUGUCACCACCACACAACCUGCCAAACUACAAGUUGACAAUAUACAGCUGGAUGAUGAGGGUGUGUACCGGUGUCGAGUGGAUUUUCAAAAUUCGCCCACACGCAAUCAUAGAAUAAAUUUAACGGUUAUUGUUCCUCCACAUCAAAUUCUCGUAUAUGAUGCAUCGGGUCGUGAUGUGGCCGGUGCUGUUGGUCCACUCUUUGAAGGCGAUAACAUUGUGUUGACAUGUGAAGUGCGUGGCGGUCGUCCUGAGCCCAUAGUUACGUGGAUGAAUGGUACACAACAAUUGGAAUCCGGCAAUGGUGUAUCUAUGGGACGUCACGUUACCGUCAAUCGUUUAGAAGUGCCACGCAUAACACGUUCAGCAUUGAACAACACCUACCGUUGCCAGGCAUCGAAUACGAAAUUAGUACCACCAGUGGAGCGUAGUAUACGUAUUGAUAUGUUGCUUAAACCAACAUCGGUUAGCUUAACGAAUAAGCUGAAAGUAUUUUCCACCGGAGUCCAAUAUAAUUUGACGUGUAUUGUGGAGGGUUCUGUGCCGGAUACGGAAAUAAAAUGGACACAAAAUAAUCGACCAUUUAAAAGAGGAUCGUUAUCAACUAACCAAAUAAAUGGCAAAGUGAUAUCAACGCUUACCUUUAAUCCGCAACCAGAAGAUGAUGGUACUUUACUCAAGUGUGAAGGCUCAAAUCCACGUUUACAAAACUCUGCCUUGGAGGAUACGUUAAUGCUUAAUGUUAUGUAUCCACCACAAGUGACAUUGUCAUUGGGUUCAACGCUUAAGCCGGAUGACAUUAAGGAAGGCGAUGAUGUUUACUUUGAAUGUCAUAUCAAGGCAAAUCCAAAGGAACAUCGAAUUACUUGGUCGCACAAUGGUGUUCCUGUUACCCAAAAUGUCUCCUGGGGUAUUAUAAUUUCAACACGUUCACUGGUACUGCAACGUGUGGCUCGCGUCCAUGCUGGACUCUAUGCAUGCUCGGCGGCCAACGACCGUGGCGAGACCACCAGUGCCAUGGUGAAUCUAAGGAUACGCUAUGCACCUGUUUGCAGCACAAAUACCUUGGUUGUCAUUGGUGCCUCCCUGGAAGAGGCAGUACUCAUACCCUGUCGUGUUAAUUCCGAUCCACCUGAAAUUGAAUUUGAAUGGACAUUUUCAAGUAGUGGAGAACAUUUUGCCGUACCCUCAGCGCAUUAUGCCACCAUACAAGAAACAACCACGACAACGGGUGAUAUACAUCGGACAAUUGUUGAAUCAAAUGAUACACAUUUCGAAACUUAUGUAGAGACUGUAAGUGAAUUGAUUUAUACACCAAAAGGCGAACGAGACUAUGGCACUUUGGCUUGCUGGGGUAGAAAUUCAAUUGGCAAACAAUCAGAACCAUGUUUAUUUCAAGUUGUACCAGCUG